GGUCGUUCUUGCCCAGGGCCGCUUCGGCGUGUGUUCGCACGUCGCUCCGUGGCUGUCCCGCGCCUGCGGCAACACGCAGGCCGCCACCACGCCCUGCGCGGACCUCGCCGGCGCCAAGCCGCCAGGGGAGGGGCCGCCGGCGCGCGACGGCUUGCUGCGAGAGCGCGCGAGGAGCGCGGACGACGCGCGGCUCGCGCCCGUCGCCGUCGUGGCGGCGCCCCCGGAUGGCAAGGCCGGGCGCGGCGAGCAGCCGAGCCAGCGCGAGGUGCCCAUCGACUGCGACACCGUGCUCCCCUACGAGCUGUACAAGGACUUGGUCCGCGCGGGCCGUCGUGCCAAGAUGCGCGGCCAGCACGAGCUGCACGAGAGCCCCCACGGGUCUGGGGGGCGCGGCGCGCGGCACCUGCGCAACAUGAGUUCCGCCCCGUUCUAG